CUUCUCAACUUGCUUCUGCAUUGUUUACUCCCCCCACGCUACACUACCUAGCAUCUAACCCCUAUCCUUCCUUCCUUACUCAAACCUUCUCUAUACCCCGUGUAAAACAGCUUUCAUUUUCAUUUAAUCAUUUUCAUCAUGGUCCUCAAGUCUUCCUUCACCUUCCUUCUUGUCGCCACUAUGGCGGUUUUCUCUUCCUAUACUCCUCAGGCCGAGGCCCAUUCUUGGGCUGACUGCAUUGACUGGAGGUUUAAGAACCAGAACCCCAGAUCCAAGAAAUUGGACUUUUCCAGCAGUCGAGGCUACUGCAUGGGAUAUCCCCGCCGUUUCCCUAAAGACAAGGAAUUUGGCUCCCUGGAUGUCGCCUGGCCUUCACGCCACUACCAGCAAACCCACAGUAACCCCGCCCCCAACAGGGCUAUUGCCUGCUCUGACAGGAAGCACGGUGUCGAGGUGGGUUCGGAUGAGACCCGUGCUCGCCGCCCUCAGGAUGCCUACGGUGGUAGAUACGGUCGUAUGACCGUGACCUCCGUCGGCAAGAGGCUGUGUGUCCGCUGGCCUUCUAAGAACCACGCCAAGAAGAAUGAACCUAACAAUAUGGUCCAGAUUAACUUGGCGCCCAGAGCUGGUCUGGAGCUGAACCAGCAGGAAUUGCUUAAGAACACUGUUGCUCUCUUGCCUUACAAGAACUGCAAUCCCGGUAGGAACGAGGAUCGUCGUACUUGCGGUGGAUGCUUCGAUGUUCCUAAGCGCCGUCCUGGUAUCUAUCAGUUGCAAUGGCGCUGGAUGUUGAACAAGAAUGAAUGGUACACUUCUUGCGCUGAUAUCCAGAUCCAGUAA